GUACAGGCUGUCUCUAUGAGGUCUCUGUGAAGUAAAGAUCAAGAUGCAGGAAUACUUUUCAGACCAAGUAGAAAGACAUGAAAUGAAUACUCUGAGCUUGCCUCUUAAUAUUCGUCGGGGAGGUUCAGACACCAACCUCAACUUUGAUGUACCUGAUGGCUUGUUUGAGUUUCACAAAGUAAAACUCAGUGCAGAUAGUUUGAGACAAAAGAUUCUGAAAGUUACAGAACAAAUCAAAAUAGAACAAUCAGCUCGGGAUGGGAACGUGGCAGAAUAUUUGAAGCUAGUGAACAGUGCGGACAAACAACAAGCUGGGCGCAUUAAACAGGUCUUUGAAAAAAAGAACCAGAAGUCUGCCCAUUCAAUAGCCCAGCUGCAGAAGAAAUUGGAACAGUAUCACAAGAAACUCAAAGAUAUUGAACAGAACGGUUCCUCCAAAAGUACCAAGGAAACUUCCAAGGACAAUCUGAAAGAAAGCCAACAUUCGCUUAAAGAUGCCCAUGGAAAAUCUCGUACUACUGGCCAGAAUAAUGAGAGCAGCAAAACGGGUGUUCCUGGUGUCUCCUUGACACCACCAGUGUUUGUUUUCAGCAAAUCUAGAGAAUUUGCAAACCUGAUCCGGAAUAAGUUUGGCAGUGCUGACAAUAUCGCUCACUUGAAGAGCAGCUUAGAUGACUUCAGGCCGGAAACUACUUCCAGGGUUUAUGGCGGCAGUGCCACCAUAGCGGCUAAGCCAAAAUAUGCCAGCGAUGAUGAGUGCUCAAGCGGAACAUCUGGCUCUGCCGACAGUAAUGGAAACCAGUCCUUUGGUCAUGGUGCAGCAAAUGCUUUGGUCAGCCACAGAAAGCUUUCCAUGCUCUCGGAAGAACUGCGGGAAAUAAAAGAAACACAAUCCCAGUUAGCAGAAGAUAUCGAAAAUUUAAAAGUGCAGUUCAAAAGAGAUUAUGGCUUUAUUUCCCAGACACUGCAGGAAGAAAGAUACAGGUAUGAGCGAUUAGAAGACCAGCUGAAUGAUUUAACAGACCUCCAUCAGCAUGAGACAGCCAACUUGAAGCAAGAACUAGCCAGUAUAGAAGAAAAAGUAGCAUAUCAGGCAUAUGAACGUUCACGAGAUGUUCAGGAGGCUCUGGAAUCAUGCCAGACACGGGUUUCUAAGCUGGAACUCCACCAGCAAGAGCAACAAGCCCUGCAGUCAGAAACUGUUAACGCCAAAGUCCUCCUGGGAAAAUGUAUUAACGUCGUCUUGGCCUUCAUGACUGUCAUAUUAGUAUGUGUCUCCACCAUAGCGAAGUUUAUAGCUCCUAUGAUGAGAAGCCGUUUCCACAUUAUUGGCACGUUUUUUGCAGUAACUCUUCUCGCAAUUUUAUGCAAAAACUGGGAUCACAUUGUCUGUGCCAUAGAAAAGACGAUAAUACCAAGAUGAAUUCACAACCCCAGAGCCUUUCUAUUUUUAAAAUAUGAAAUAUUUUGAAACCAACUGUAAAAUCUUCACUCUUGCAGUUUAACUGCACAGACUAAAUGAAGACUUUUUCUAUUCUCGGUAUACAUGCGUAAAACUGGGUUGUUCCUGCCAAUGCUUUCAUUGAGUAGUCAUGUUGUAUGGGAGGGGGUGAACCUGUUAUGGGCCAGUUACUUGUGUACAUCUUUUGCCUUAAUCUAAUCAAGUGUUUAUACCACAGAUCUCCUAACAGUCAAGUCUUGAAUUCAUGACAGUAAGUAGGUUUGGGUUUAGGCAGAGUAUAAUAGAAAUAAGUAAUCUACUGUACAACAAUCCCAGCUAGGAGACUUCGUUUUGAUAACUGGGAAGCUGCAUCAUUCUGCCAUUGCAUAUUAAUUCCUCUUCCCCUUACAGAGCAUUUGCAAUCAAUGUGCUAAGGCAGUGGUCCCCAACCUUUUUAGCUCCCUGGGGAAGGCACUCCUUGCACUCGUGCACAUGCACAAAGGAGCUUGCACACUUGUGUGUGUGCUCGGGUGCUCGUGCACAUGCACAAAAGGGCAGUGCAGCGCUCGCGUGGAUGCUAGGGUGCAUGCGCAAAGGGUGGUGCAGCACUCGUGUAAACGGGCUGUGCGGGGGGUAGUGCGUGCAGGGGUGGGGCAGGGAGGGCUCUCUCCGCGGCCCGGCUCAGGCCACAGACUGGCACCGGGUCGCAGAUUGGGGUUUAGGAACCUCUGUGAUAAGGCAUAUGCAUCCUGGAAAAUGCUAACCACAUUUCCUGAAGAACAUCAUUCAUAAGGUAGAAACUGUGAUGAAACUGAAUAGUUCUUUGCAUACUGUUGACAUGGGCCUCCAUAGUUAAGGAGUCAUCUUACUUAGCAAAAUUGAGAAUAUUUUUUGCCAUACAGAUUAAUUAACAUAUUCCAUUCUGAUUUUAUUUCAUAAUCUUAAAUAUAUACAAGUGGUUGUUCCACCUGUUGAAUGAAUUAGGUUGUCCCAGGCAUGUAGCUCUUUCAGUAGUCCAUGUGUAAAUAUCUUUAAAGGCCUAAAGGUGAUCCUUUUUGAUAGAUAUACAGACAGGAUACACUUUCUGUACUUCAUCAGAAGUAAGUGAUUGUUGUUGCUAUGAACCACUGCAAGAGA